AUGUUUACAACACUGCCGGAUUUCACGCCGCGAGAUUCGCACUCGCUGUGGUACUCAUCCUCUAGGAAUCCUUUCAUUCCCCCAGGGCCAGUCGAUCACCUACACGCGGAUCCGAACAGCGGACACCACCAUGGUCCGACACAUUCACGCCAGCGUGGGCAGCUCAUGGAGCGAACACUGCUCGCGCGCCUCGCUGCGGACGAACAAAAGAUGCACCGACGUCGAAUGAAUGUACAGAACUUUGGAAGCACUUGGCUGAAGCCCCCUGGAGUUCCCAAGACUCUACAUCAAAUGCGAGAGGAGAAGCGCGAACAAGAGGAACACCAAGAAGCUAUGAGGAGAGAGCAACUUGCUCAGGAACUGGCAGAAGCUGAAGGUGGCGGCACGAUGGACGACGGCAUGAUGGACGACGUACAGCUUGAUGGAGCGCAAGAUUUGGACGAUGAGAUUCCCGAUGCGGACGAUGCUUUUAACCCAAGCAGCGACGAUAGCGAGGAAGAAGACGAUGACGAUGAUGAGGAUGUUGAGGACGACGAAUACUACGAACAGGCGUUGGACGAACAGGAGGUCUACGAAGAUACCGUACGACAGGAAACAGAGUAUGAACUAGAAGCCGCCCGUAUGAGGAUGACAGACGACGCCUUCCGAGAAGCCCUCGUCCGCGGCGACCCAGAAGCAGACGGCAGUGUGUAUGGCGGCGCAGAAGAAGAAGAAGACGAGAGCAGGAGCCAGAUACUUGACGAGGACGAUUUCGCCCAGGACGGCACCCUAGACGAUGGAAUGGCGGGCGACAUGGAUGCUGACCUCGACGAUGAUAUCCCCGAUGCAGAUGACGGUGGCUACGAGCAUACCGACUCCGAAGCCGAGGUUAGCAGUAGCGCUCAGUACGGAGAGGAAAACGAUGACGAGGAGGAAGCAGGUGAUACCACCGACCUCAGCUUUGUGCCAGCGCGCUCUACGCUCCUUGAAACCCCUGGUUCUCCUACACUACCUCGUCAAACGGGUUCUCAUACUAGGUCGCGCGUAAGCAUGGAUCUGAGUAGCCUGCUGUUGCAGGACGAGAGCAGUUUUAUGACCCCGAUAGCAAGUAGUCCUGCUGCGGCGAGGCGGAGGCAAGGUCAGCGGAAAUAA